ACAAGUUCCAGUUCCAGAAACUCCACUGCUAAUUUGGCGCCCAUUCAAUCUUCGGAUCAUUUUGUAUGCGCUUAAGUGUAUUGGCCCCAACACGCAGCAGCCAGCCAAACGCUUUCGCGCGCGCCAACAAGUCGCAUGCGUUCCCUCUGCUCGGACAGUUUAAAAGCGAAGCCAAUAUGUGCGGAAAAUAUACUUAAUUGAAAUGUGUGUUUGCGAUACACAGGCGUUGAGGCCAAUAUCCGGUUGAUUCGAUUCAAGUGCUAAAAAGAAUUGACUAAAUUUAUUGAAUUCUUCCACCGUGUUUGUUUGUCCGUCCGCCCAUUUGUGGCGCUGUAAACAAAAUUUGGCCAAAGUGCUGAACGUGCUCGUGUUUCCCCACUUAACAUUACGCUCUUCCGUAUCCUGUCUGCGAGUGCCAUCAUGUUUCGCGCGUGUGUGUCUGCCAAAAACACGGAAAACACUUUUACGCAGAUGUAAACAUUAAAAUAUAAUAUUUGAAAAUUGAGAAAUACAAGCAUCGCAUCGAAUGCAGAGAUCUGUGCAACAUGCAGCAACUAGCAACGAGCAAUUAAUCUUUUAUGCUUAAACAAAUCCGGUUUUUGCUGUCGAGCGAGUAACAACAUUGAACGGACCAGAAUCGUACGGAGUCAGCAGUUUACAGCGGGAGGAUGUACCCAGGUUCCCCAAUGAUAGCCAACUUGGUCAACGUCAUUAGCAGCAUCGCCAUCGAGAUGGACUCGGGCAUGAGCACGGACAAGCACAGGACUCAUGACAUUGACAUUGGGGGGUCGGGGUCGACUCCGCUAAACGUCACUCAAGCUCUCUGGGAGCUGGCCGUGGCAACGGCCACUGGGAUGCCGCCACUCGUCGAAGGCCUUGGCAAUGGCAGCGGCGUGCCGGUGACCGAGACUCCCUAUGUGCCCUACGGUAGGCGGCCGGAGACCUACAUUGUGCCCAUCCUGUUUGCCCUGAUCUUUGUGGUCGGCGUCCUGGGCAAUGGGACACUUAUUGUGGUGUUCCUAAGUGUGCGGCAAAUGCGGAAUGUUCCAAACACCUAUAUACUUUCGCUGGCCCUGGCGGAUCUUUUGGUCAUCAUAACCACAGUGCCAUUGGCAUCCACCAUCUACACCGUUGAAUACUGGCCCUACGGCAGCUUCUUGUGCAGUCUGUCGGAGUUCAUGAAGGAUGUAUCGAUUGGUGUUUCGGUAUUCACACUGACAGCCCUCUCCGGUGAUCGCUACUUUGCCAUUGUGGAUCCAUUGCGAAAGUUUCAUGCUCAUGGAGGCGGACGACGUGCCACACGCAUGACCUUGGCCAUAGCGGUUUCCAUUUGGCUCUUGGCCAUUUUAUGCGGUCUCCCAGCCCUUAUCGGAAGCAAUCUCAAGCAUCUUAGCAUUAGCCAGGAAAAGUCGAUUGUCAUCUGCUAUCCCUAUCCGGAUGCUUGGGGCACAAACUAUGCCAAGACAAUGGUCUUGUUGCACUUCCUAGUCUACUAUGCCAUUCCGUUGGUGAUAAUAGCAAUUUUCUAUGUGCUCAUUGCGCUGCAUCUGAUGUACACUGCGAGUGUUCCCGGCGAAAUUCAGGGAGCUGUCAGACAGGUUCGAGCCCGUCGCAAAGUCGCUGUGACAGUGCUGGCAUUUGUUGUCAUCUUUGGAAUUUGCUUUUUGCCCUACCACGUAUUUUUCCUCUGGUUCUACUACUGGCCAACUGCCCAGGAGGAUUACAAUGCAUUCUGGCAUGUCCUGCGCAUCGCCGCCUACUGCAUGUCAUUCGCCAACAGCUGUGCCAACCCGGUGGCCCUCUACUUUGUCAGCGGCGCCUUUCGCAAGCAUUUCAAUAGAUAUCUGUUCUGUCGCGGUGCGAACGGACAUCGCAAGAAGCGGAACCAAGCGAACGACACCUUCUGCAUGCACCGGGACACCUCGUUGACCAGCACCGCUUCGAAGCGCUAUCAGUCACGGCAUUCCUGCUAUCAGAGCACCAUCCGCAGUUCUCGGCUGCAGGAGACAACGAUAACGACGCUGCCGAAUGGGGCCCAGAGCCACAAUGGCGCCCCAAUUUUAUCCGUAGACCUCGCCACUCACAACGAGGUGACGCCGGGCUAUGAAUUUUCGCCGCUGAACGACUAUUCACAGCGGACAAAGCCACCAAGGCAGCAGCAGUCGCUAUUGAAUUGAAACCGCAGCACAGUGCAGACACGAAUGCUAGUUUUAAGGGAGUUUACAGGAAGUCAGGCAGUAUCUGAAUCAUCCAUCCGAUUAGCAGAUGAACAAAAUAAGCUAACCAAUAAAUGAAAAAAUAUAUAUUUAUUUUAGCUGAGAUUAAUUUCGCUUUAAAUUCUCUUUAGUUUUUUAUAGCACACUUUUCAGGGAUGCCCGAAGUUCCCCAUCUCUUCUCCCAUUAAAAUAUAGGCUCUCUUUUAGGUAAAACCUGCACUAAAACAAAGUUGGUAACUUUCUCGAAUUGUACAUACCUCCCACCCAAACACCAACGUUUAUACAUAUGUAGAUGUAUGCAUGUGUUUUCUAUGUGUCUAGUCAUAGGGUUGAGCCCCGAAACGUAAACUGUGUCUGUUCCAAACUAAAGUAUUGCAGCCGUGUGCACGGCUUUAAGCGAAACCAUUUCACGGAGACAUACAUAUUUUAAAAUGUGUCUGUAAUUUUAUUUUAUAAUUCUAUAUAGUAAUACGCCAUGUUAGAUGUUCCAUUUAUAGCUAA